GCCUCUUGUUAUCGAGGAAACCAUUCAAUCCACCGAUACUGCUCGACUACGACUAGACUACCAGCUAGUUGUUUUAACAAUAAUAUUUAAUCAGGCCUCAAUCUUUUCAUUUGUUAGUUUUAAAGUCGCGUUUUCACCGACCGGCUGAACAGCUGGUCCAAACGGUUUUGAUAUUUUUUAAUAGAUCCGAAGGGCCUAACCGGCUGCCAUGGAUUUUUAAGGCAUAAUGCGGCACCUGUAAUGCAAUGGCAAUGCAUAGUGCAAGGCAAAAACUGCGAAACUCCAUCUUCGCAACUGCUAAGCAGUUGGGCUCCAAUACCGUCCGCGGUAUACCAGCGAGCCAGCCGGUACCUCUGCUCCUGGACCGGAGGAAGCUCACGUUAGCUAGCUAGUCACCUUAGCUUAGCAUUGUGUUAAGAGAGAGAAAGUGAUCCAUAGAUUCAUUUUAACGCCGUCUACACUACCAAACAAAAAUGAAGCCUCAAGACAUAACCUCUGUGAAGAGCAGCCUGUGGAUCUUCGGGUACGGGUCGCUGGUGUGGAAACCCGACUUCAAGUACAAGAGGAGCAAAGUGGGUUUCAUCAGCGGCUACAAGAGACGCUUCUGGCACGGAGAUAACUUCCACCGUGGAAACGACGAGCUGCCCGGAAGAGUGGUGACGCUCAUUGAGGAUGAUGACGAGAGCACUUGGGGUGUGGCGUUCGAGGUGACGGGCGCUCAAGUUGAGGAGUCCCUGAAGUACCUGAAUGUGCGUGAGACAGUCUGCGGUGGCUACGUCACCAAGAUGGUUGAUUUCUACCCCGAGGGGGAGGGCCAGUCUCCGGUUCAAGCGCUGGUGUACAUCGCCACCGCUGACAACGCCCUCUACCUGGGGCCAGCCAGCCCAGAGGAGAUCGGUGCCCAGAUCGCUGUGUGCAGAGGGAAGACGGGCCACAACAUGGAGUACCUGCUCCGAUUGGCCGAGUUCAUGAGGAAGAGCUGCCCACAGGUGGAAGACCAUCACCUGUUCUCCAUCGAGACAGCGGCCCUGACCAUGGUGUCCUAUCUCUUGGCAGCCCAGUAGCUUGUACCCUUUGUCUCACUAGCUUAUAGUGUAUGAAUACACUACACACACAAAUAAACACACAUAUACAACACUGAGGCUUUUCAUCAGUCAUGUAGUCCCCCUCUGUUUUAUGUUAACAAUAUAUUCAUGACUACCAUGCAGUGUAAUUGAAUGCUACUGAAGUGAUAUCACAAGGGAGGCAUCAGUGUUUGUUUUUUUAUUUUCGAAGGGUACUGAAGCAUGACCUCAUGUUUACAUUGUAAUGUCAAAACGGAUGCAUUAGUACAUGAGUUGUAAUAGCAGUAGAUUGUUGCUUGUAUACAUUGUUGCAGUUCUGUCAUAAAAAGCUCAUUGAUGCUUUUUCAUUUGCACAGUCUAGAUUCCGUCCAGACAUUUUCAGCAAUUAAUUGUGAUGGUUAAACCUGUUUGCAAUUCACCAAACUGCUGCUGUGAUUUUUUUGUUAAAAUUUUUUUUUAAAGACCUGGUAACAUUUCCAUUCACUGUAAAGGCAAAUAAAAGAUUUA